AUGCAGGUACACGGAAGUCAGGGACAAUAUUCACCGAGAGAUAUGCAGGAGUUAAAAUAUAUACCACAACAACAUCAAAAUGGUCAUCAUUUAAGUCAUCAUAAUCCGUGGGUCGGACUGUCACACGAGGCACAGCAAUGGGGAGCAAGUAUGGGUCAAGCGAUGCACUCUCAAGAAAUGAAACCGCAUCCUAAUCUAUUGGAUGGAUCUGGAGGAACAUUACAUCAUCGACCAAUUCAACAAAUUCAUCCAGGUCAUUCAUGGCAUAAUGCAGUCACCUCAUCUCAUCUUCCACUGUCAAAUGGAAAUCACCAACUUCAACAAUAUGGUUAUAUGAAUAUGAAUGGAAUGAUGUCACCUCAUGGAAUGCAUCCCUUGGACCAGCCUGAAUCUGAUUUGGAACCACAUCCACAAUCUGACGAAGAUACACCAACCUCCGACGAUUUAGAAGCCUUUGCCAAACAAUUCAAACAACGGAGAAUAAAAUUAGGCUUUACGCAAGCCGAUGUGGGUUUAGCAUUAGGAACAUUAUAUGGAAAUGUGUUUAGUCAAACUACCAUUUGUCGUUUUGAAGCGCUUCAAUUAAGUUUUAAAAAUAUGUGUAAAUUGAAACCUCUGUUACAAAAGUGGCUAGAAGAAGCAGAUAGUACUACCGGAUCGCCUACCAGUAUAGAUAAAAUAGCAGCACAGGGUCGGAAAAGAAAGAAGAGGACAAGUAUUGAGGUGACAGUAAAAGGGGCUUUAGAAAGUCAUUUUUUACAACAACCUAAACCAGCAGCCCCGGAAAUAACUCAUCUGGCUGACUCUUUACAGUUAGAAAAAGAAGUGGUUCGCGUUUGGUUUUGUAAUAGAAGGCAAAAAGAAAAACGUAUGACACCACCGAUGACCGUAGGUCCAAAC